CUUAUCAAUUGUACUAAAAUGGUUAUGGAAAAAAACGAAGGAGUCGCACUCGCCCAUCCCUUGCAAGGAGAGGAGGUCGUCAUUACUGGAAUGGCUGGACGUUUUCCCGAGUCGGACGACAUCUACCAGUACAGGAGCAACAUCUACAACAAAGUUGAUAUGGUCACCUGCGAUAAUCGGCGCUGGUUACCGACCAACCCUGAGAUACCCCAUCGUAUUGGUAAAAUUAAUCAUCUCGACGAUCUGGAUGCUGGUCACUUUGGGUUGCAUUACUUUGAAGUCAACCAGAUGGAUCCAAUUGUGAAGAUGAUAUUGGAGAAGGCUUACGAGGCGAUCUUGGACGCUGGUUACAACGAGAAAGAGAUGGACGGUGCGAACUGUGGUGUUUUCAUGGGGUGCUGCUUUUCGGAAACCGAGCAGGCGAUGCAAAUGACGCGUAACGUCAGUCCGCACUUUGCAGGGGUUUCUCAAUCGAUGACCGCGCAACAAAUAAGUCACUACCUCAAACUGCGAGGGCCUUCGUAUACUGUUGACACGGCGUGCAGCAGCUCACUUUACGCUUUGGAGCACUCGUACCGAGCGAUUCGGACUGGUCGGUGCGACAGCGCAUUGGUAGGUGGAGCCGGCUUGUGCCUAAACCCCACAACGACCCUGCAGUUUGCUCGAUUAGGCGUUCUGAGUGCGGACGGGAUGUGCAAGCCCUUUGAUGAAGACGCGAAUGGUUACGCACGCUCGGAGACCAUUUCCAUUGUCUUCCUGCAGAAGGCUAAGGAUGCUCGACGAAUUUACGCACAGUUGCUGCACAGUAAAACAAACAGCGACGGCUACAAAGAGCAAGGGAUAACGUUCCCGUCGAGCGAAAUGCAAAAGGUCCUCUUAGACGAGACGUACGAGGAAUGCCGACUAGAUCCCACCGUUGUUGACUUCGUCGAAGCGCACGCCACCGGUACCAAGGUCGGUGAUCCCGAAGAAAUGACUGCAAUAGAGCAAGUCUUCUGUACCAACCGCGACACACCACUAAUUGUCGGAUCCAUCAAGUCCUACGUUGGUCAUUCGGAAGGCGGGAGUGCAAUGUGCUCGCUGGUUAAGGUUUUGCUCGGAAUGGAGGACGACUGCAUUUUGCCAAACAUUCACUACGACAAACCGCGACAGAGCAUAAAGGCUUUGGUGGAUGGUAGAAUCGUGGUCCCUUUGGACACAAUGCCGUUGCCGAAAAACGGUUCGGGGGUGGUUGCGAUUAACUGCUUCGGCUUUGGCGGGGCGAAUGGGCACGUUAUCCUUAAGAAAUUCGAGCAACGAAAGGUUAAUGGAGGACUGCCCGAAGAUGACUUACCGCGACUGAUGUGCGUAAGUGGUCGGGUGCCGGAAUCGCUGGAAAGCAUCUUUGAUGACAUCGGUGGACGCAAACUGGACGCUGAGUAUUGCAGGUUACUUCAAGCUAAGGAUGAAGCUCGACGAAUUUACGCACAGUUGCUGCACAGUAAAACAAACAGCGACGGCUACAAAGAGCAAGGGAUAACGUUCCCGUCGAGCGAAAUGCAAAAGGUCCUCUUAGACGAGACGUACGAGGAAUGCCGACUAGAUCCCACCGUUGUUGACUUCGUCGAAGCGCACGCCACCGGUACCAAGGUCGGUGAUCCCGAAGAAAUGACUGCAAUAGAGCAAGUCUUCUGUACCAACCGCGACACACCACUAAUUGUCGGAUCCAUCAAGUCCUACGUUGGUCAUUCGGAAGGCGGGAGUGCAAUGUGCUCGCUGGUUAAGGUUUUGCUCGGAAUGGAGGACGACUGCAUUUUGCCAAACAUUCACUACGACAAACCGCGACAGAGCAUAAAGGCUUUGGUGGAUGGUAGAAUCGUGGUCCCUUUGGACACAAUGCCGUUGCCGAAAAACGGUUCGGGGGUGGUUGCGAUUAACUGCUUCGGCUUUGGCGGGGCGAAUGGGCACGUUAUCCUUAAGAAAUUCGAGCAACGAAAGGUUAAUGGAGGACUGCCCGAAGAUGACUUACCGCGACUGAUGUGCGUAAGUGGUCGGGUGCCGGAAUCGCUGGAAAGCAUCUUUGAUGACAUCGGUGGACGCAAACUGGACGCUGAGUAUUGCAGGUUACUUCAAGCGGCAUUCAAAUGCACCAAAUUUGAGCACCCAUAUCGUGGGUACAUCAUCCACUCCAAGGCUGGCGAGCUGAAACGAAGCUCGACGAGAUUCAAUAGUAAGAGUCGCGUAUGUCUCCUCUUUCCAAGGCCAACCUUGGAGCUCCUGGACAUCGGCAGUGGACUCUUCAAAUUUUCAACGUUUUCCGCGACCGUACAGAGAAUCGCCUCACUACUACCGCCCCAAGUUGAUGUGAUCAAGAUAAUAAAAAAUUGCGAAUGUAAAGACGGACGAGAGUUAGUGCUUGCGAGUUUAGCCAUUCAGCUCGCCUUCGUUGAGCUGCUCAAGGAGUUGAAUUUAUCGUUAGACUACACGGCGGGGAUGUCCGUCGGGGAGUUAUCCGCCGGUUACGCAAACGGGCGGAUUAAUUUCGAACAGGCAAUCGAGGUCGGGUACGAAAUUUCUCGACUGAUGAGCGAUGACCUGUGUCUCGAUUACGCCUUAAGUACCAAAAGCUCGGUACUGUUGAGUCGGCUACAAAAACGGAUACCCAAUCCCGAAGGAAUAAUUCACAGUCUCCUAAAUCCGAAACCUUUGGAAGCGCGCGUGUUGCAAAGAAAACACUAUCCUCAGUUGGCGGUUGUCGUACUCGGUUCCCAACAGAUACGGCUGAACGGUUUCACUUCCUUGAACAUUUCGGGCUCGGAUGUCGUUACCUCAUUUCUGGAUGCAGUGGGAAGUAUUUACAUGCUGGGUCACAAUCUCAACGUGGAAGUUCUGUACCCACCAGUCAAGUGGCCGGUUGGUCGUGGAACGCCCAUGAUCUCGCCGCUAAUAAAGUGGAACUACGACAUAGAUUGGCUUUCAAGUUUUCACUCGUACUCCAAGAAGGUCUGGUAUGCGGACAGUCAUCUUAUUACUUUGGUUAGUAAGGAGAUUGACUGGUCUAUUCUACCAGGUCACGUCAUUGAUGGUAUGACGAUAAUGCCCGCAAUCGGUUACCUCUUCAUGAUCUGGGAGACGUACUGUAAAAUGGUGGACGUUCCAAUGAACAUUUCUCGGGUGCGCUUCGACAACGUGCGGUUCCUUAAAGCCGUCCACAUUACCAAAUUAUCGGAGAUGGCUUUCAAGGUCACUAUCGGCAGAGGAACCAACCGAUUUGAGAUCGGAGACGUCGACGAAGUGAUCGUUUCCGGAAGCAUACGCACUCUCUCAGACACGGACGAAUUCAUUGACCUCGCCCUGUCACCUGAAGAUGAUGAAGGAAUCUCCUUCGCUACAAAAGAUAUUUACAAAGAGCUACGCCUGCGGGGUUACAAUUACUCGGGAGCGUUUCGCGCGCAGGAAACAGCCCAUAUAACGGGAUUGAUCAGCUGGAUCAAAUGGGACCGUAACUGGAUCGCAUUCAUCGAUAACAUGUUGCAGAUGAAGCUUCUCGGGGAAGAUACGCGAAAUCUAUACGUUCCCACGUUCAUCGGCCACUUGAAGAUUGACGCCAUGAAGCACUUCGAGUACGUUAAGCAGUUGGACAACCCAUCUCUACUGCCUGUGUACAAUCAUCGCGAGGCGGAUGCCAUCAGCUGUGGAGGUAUCGAGCUGCGGAAGCUUUACGCUACUCCGAUCAUGCGCCGUAAGGUAACGGUCGAGCCGGUCCUGGAGACGCACAAGUUCGUGCCGUUUAACACCGAGCUGCCCAUGCAAUCUGCUGUGCGCGUCCUGGUGCAGAUCUUCCUUGAGAACACACUCUCGCUGAAGGUUAAGAUCGUGGAGGUCGCGCAAACUGACGCGAUAUCUCCAAUUCUGCAAGAGGCUUUGAAUGAUCAGCCGCUGGUUAAGACUGAAGUUACAAUUUUGGGCGAUGAAAGCUUGAGUGUUCCAAACAUGAAGGUCCAUAACAAGGCGUUGUCCACCGAAAAGCAGUGCGCGAUAGUCAUCCUCGAGGGGGCAUCAGGUAACCUUGAACUACUCCAGGAGGCUGAAGGCGUCCUCAAGGAGAACGGCAUUAUUAUCUCAAGGGAGGGAGAUUAUCUUUCUCCAAAUUUCCCUGGCCUCGCGCUUCUGGCGCAAAUAAAAACUGAAACGGAAACGCUAGUGUUGCUGAGGAAGGUUGUUAGCUACCCAAAAGAGCACGUGAUCAUGGCCAAGUUUGAUGGUACAACUUACGACUGGUUGUCCAAACUUCAGAGUGCCAUGCGAAAUGAAACCAAAACGUUGGUUGUUGUUGAAAAUGAGCCCUUAAGCGGAGUACUUGGAUUUGUCAAUUGUCUCAGGCGCGAACCUGGGGGGAUGAACUUGAAAUGCGUGUUCGUUCAGGACGAGGACGUUAAAUUUAACCUCUCCGAUCCACUCUUCAGCGAACAGCUAAGCAAAGACUUGGCGAUUAACGUGUUGAAGCACGGCGCUUGGGGUAGCUAUCGCCAUCUGCCGCUGGAGCGCUUGGGGGAGGUUGAAAGGCAGCACGUCUUCUGUAACCAGAACGUCGUUGGAAAUCUGUCGACGCUCAGCUGGGUCGAAGGGUUACUCUCGCAUGACAACGCUAAGGAACCCGAACGGACGGUCAAGGUAUACGCCAGUUCCAUCAACUUCAUGAAUAUUAUGUUGGCUUCCGGUCGUGUUCCUUCGGAGGCGUUCAUAAAGGAUCGGCUUGCUUUAGCCACAGCGCAAGGUGUUGAGUACGCUGGGAUUGAUGCAAAGGGCGAGAGGGUAAUGGGAAUUCUACGGUUGGGGGCUAUGGCCAGUUCCGUUGUCCCCGACGGUAAUAUGACCUGGAGGAUACCGGACGAGUGGACUCUGUCGCAGUCUGCCAGUGUUCCGAUUACCUACUCGACGGUGUUGUGCAGUUUCUUCGUGAGCGCCCAUCUCAAACCGGGACAAAGUCUUCUGAUUCACUCCGGUGCUGGAGGCGUAGGGCAGGCCGCCAUCCAAAUAGCCUUGUUUUGCAAGUGCCAAAUAUUUACGACUGUCGGUACCGAGGAGAAGCGGAAGUUCAUCAUGGAGACAUUCCCAGAAAUACCAGCUAGCCACAUCGGCAACUCUCGUGAUACCUCCUUCGUGCAGAUGGUUUUAAAACACACGAAAGGUCGAGGGGUCGACUUGGUUCUAAACUCCCUGGCCGAGGAAAAACUGAAAGCGACUCUUCAGUGCCUUGCACCGAAAGGAUACUUCGUCGAGAUCGGCAAAUACGACUUAGUCAAUAGCAACAAAUUUGCUCUUUCUGUACUAAGGAAGGGGCGUAGUUAUGCCGGUUGCAUGUUGGACAUGUACUUUAGAGACGCCCACAAUCAAAAACACAAGCUAAAACAAAUCCUGGAUCAGUUCUUGAAACAAGGGGCGGUUAAACCUUUGCACAUUACCACCUUCAACAUGGAUCAAGUGGAAGAAGCCUACCGUUACAUGGCGGCAGGUAAACACAUAGGAAAAGUCGUCGUUAAGAUACGCGAUGAAAACCAGCAAUCGCUCGAUCUAUUCAAGGCUCUCCCAAGAUUCUCCUGCGACCCUUCCAUGACGUACAUCAUUUUAGGAGGCUUGGGAGGGUUUGGACUAGAACUGGUUGAUUGGUUGAUCCUAAGAGGUGCCCGAAAGUUAGUUUUAGUAUCUCGAAAUGGUGUCCGAAAUGGUUACGCAGCGUCCAGAAUUAGAGUUUGGAAAAUGUACGAGGCUACCAUAAGGGUGUCCACAGAGGACGUCACCAUCGAAGAAGGUUGCGCGCGACUGUUAGAGAGCUCGGAGAAGCUUGCGCCUGUAGCCGGGAUCUUCAAUUUGGCGGUAGUUCUUCAGGACGACCUCUUCGAGAACCAGAAGGAGGAGAACUUCGUGAACACGCUCUCGCCGAAGGCCCGUGCGACGCAGCACCUAGAUAUCCUAAGUCGGCAGCUCUGCCCCCGCCUACAGCACUUCGUUGUCUUCUCGUCGGUCUCGUGCGGAAGGGGCAAUACAGGCCAGACCACUUACGGCAUGGCCAACUCCAUCAUGGAAAGGAUAUGCGAGAAACGGAAACGGGAGGGCUACCCAGGUUUGGCAAUACAGUGGGGGGCAAUCGGAGAGGUCGGCCUGGUUGCGGAAAUGCAGGAGCAGCACAAAGAGAUUGUUAUCAGUGGCACAUUGCAACAGCGUGUCGCAUCCUGUCUGAGCACCUUGGAAAUCUUCCUCCUGCAAAACGAGCCCAUCGUAGCAAGUAUGGUAGUGGCGGAAAAAAAGAGCGCCGCGGAAGGCGCCGAAAGCGUCAUCACCGUGAUCAAAGGGAUCAUGGGAAUAACCGAUUUGAAAACGAUCAGCGAGCACGCCUCUUUAUCCGAAAUAGGCAUGGACUCCAUGGCCGCCGUUGAAAUAAAGCAGAUCCUCGAACGCGACUGUGAAGUCUGCCUAAGCCCCAAGGAACUCCGAACACUCACCUUCGCCAAACUAAAAGAGCGGUUAUCCAAAGAAGCAUCCGACCCCGUAGCUCCAAGCCUACCCCCACGCAAUGACAUCUUCGCCCACUUCCGCACGGAGGAGGAAUCAAAAUUACCAUUAAAACAACUGGAAAGUUUAGCUAAGAAAGAAGAUGAGGCGCCAUUGGCGAUCUUUCUGCCGGGAAUUGAAGGAGUAGCCGAAACCAUGGAGUCCUUGGCUAACAAGCUGAAGGCCCAUGUAGAAUGCGUCCAGUACGCAAACGCCGCUGGUGAUUUCCGCUUGGAAUCCUUCGCUAAAUCACUAUCAAAGCUAAUACCCCACGUCGAGCAUAACUUCAACCUCGUAGCAUAUUCGUAUGGUUGUGUGGUCGCGUUAGAGCUCGCUUCCAUCUUAGAAGUCCGUGGAUUGAUCGGAAAAGUGGUUUUAAUCGACGGCGCGCCGGAGAUGCUAAAGAAACUCAUAAAGCUACAGUACCCGUCGGAACAUGAGUCAGAUGCCUCAUUGGAGACGGCCGUACUGUUUAACAUAAUCACCUCAUACGUACCCAUGGAGGCAACAAUAGGGCACAGGGAAACUGUCCGCCAGUUGCAAACGUUGGAAGAACGCGUCGAGUACCUACUGGAAGCGAUACCCGAAGGAAUUCCGCAUUCGAAAGAGUACCAAAGGCGGGUGGCCAUCGCAAUCUGCGAGAAAACGAAAUCCGUGUACAAUUACGAGGCGAAAUUUCCAAAGCUGAAGUCGGAGGUGACGCUAAUCAAGCCGAACGAAUCGCCCUUCGUCAACUACGACGUGGACUACGGACUGCAGAAGUUGUGCGAAAAACCUGUUCAGGUUCAUACGGUCGAAGGAACCCACAUGACGAUCGUGCAAAAUCCCGAACUUGCCGACUAUAUCAAUAAGAUAAUCAACAAUUAAAGAGUAAUAGUUAAAUUGUUGUU